UGCGGAAGGACGUGUUAAUCGUGUCUAAGAUUUAUACUUGUUAAAUGUGUGAGAUUGUCAGACAGUAAUAGGCGAAAUUAUUACUUUUUUUCUAUUGUGAAGUGUUUUUAAAAGAACCCAUUAAAAUUGUGUUAAUAAUAAGUUGACGAUGAAACAGUGAACCAUGCGUCGGGCCAAAAUCAAUGUGAACCCUGACUUGGGUGAUUUAGAGGAGAUGCUUGCUCAUGUUCAGACUCAGAUUGAACAGGAGAUUGAUAUGGAGAAGGAAAACAAGAUGCCGUCAAUCAUCAGUGUUCAAGAAUCGCCAAAGAUGAAGAGGAAUGCAUCUUUUAACCGAUCAGAGAGUUUAGAAUACCGGCGUCCCCCACGCCCUUCGAGGCUAAAUGGUGAUGGACCUAAGUCUUUGGAGUAUAGAAAUGGCGAUUAUGGGACCACCAAUGGUGUUAAAGGAUCCCAAAGCAGCUUGAAGUCGAACGACGACUCUCAGGUGUCCUUCCAGUCUUUUCGUUCGGAACCUGUGCAGCGGCACUCGGUUCUGAGUCUUCAGGAUAAAAGGGAUACUUCAAUGAAUGGAUGGUCUAAAACUGCGACUUUGCCGAGAGGAUAUGGCUCCACCAAAGAAAAGAAUUGGGAGGAGUAUUGGUCACACGAGCAGUCGAUAAGCAGCGCGCGCGCAUCCGUAAUGGUGUACGAUGACUCUCUCAAACGCUGGAUUCCCUCUGGCUCCAGCUCGGGGCUGUCCAAGGUCCACAUCUAUCAUCACACGCAACACAACACCUUCAGAGUAGUGGGGAGGAAGCUGAAUGAUCAUGAGGUGGUAAUUAACUGCGGCAUCGUUCGAGGCCUAAAGUACAAUCAGGCGACAGCCACAUUCCACCAAUGGCGCGACGCGAGACACGUCUACGGGCUGAACUUCUCCUGUCGCGAGGACGCUGACAGCUUCGCUAGAGCCAUGAUGCACACCCUGGAGGUGUUAGCGAACAAAGUCAGCAAUAACUCCGCGCCGCCCCCGCCACAGCAGCCUAACCCUCCCGGGCCUUACAACGGACACAACAACACGCACUACGACGAGGAUAUGGGGUAUAGAACAAUGACCCGAGAGGACGCGGCCAUGCUCCAACAGCCUCAAUACCACGCUCCUCAUCAUCAGCACCAGCUCCCACAGCAUCAACCGAUUCCACAUCAGCCGCAACCGGUUCCAGUGCAGCAUCAGCAGCACCCGAUGACCCCUCAGCACCAGGUAGCUCAUCCUCAGAUCAACCACCAGGCGCAACAUCAGCCCAUCCCACCGCCCAGCCAGUACCACGCGCCUAUUCAUCACACCACGGGUUCAGCCGUGCAAUCUGCGCCUACUCCGCCGCCCCACGGCGUGCACACGCUGCCCCAUGCCCCACACGCGCCGCCCACGCACUCGCACCAUCGCACUAACAGUGCCCCCAUGCCUCCAAACAUGUCCCUAACUCCUGCGAGUGGGUCAACGGCACCACCCCCAGUGCCACCUCAUCAGAAUCUACCACCAGCGGCUAAUGGUCCCAUUGCCCCACCGACGCCUCCAGCAGCACCACAGCCGCCACCAAUGCUCCAGCAGCAGCCGCCACCUGCACCUCCGGCGCCCCCUCCGGCAGCGGCUCCGGCUCCACCUCCGCCACCUCCUCCCCCAGGGGGAGCAGUGGCUUCUCCUCCGCCGCCGCCGCCGCAGCCGCAGCCCCCAGUCGCUGACCCCACGGGGCUAGCCGCGCAGUUACAGCAGGCAAGACUUAAAAGACAGGCUAAGCAAGCCAACACUGAGGUGGCGUCGCCUCCGGGAGGCAACAGCGGGGGCAGCGCAGGGAGCACCGACCACUCUUCUUCAUCGUCAGGUCGAGCAAGCCUCCACUGCAUGAUGCACGAGAUGCAGCGUACCCUGGCCAGGAGAAGGGCGCAUCUGGAUAAAGCUGAGGAGUCAUCGGCAGAUAACUCGAUGAACUCUACCCCAAUGAAGAGCUGGGAGCGUUCGGCGACGUUACCGCACCGACUUCCCGCCGCAUGUAAUGGCAACACUCCGAGUGCCGAGUCCCCUGCGCAGCCGCAACCGCAAUCACCUAGAUCUGUACGAAAACGGUUCGGAUCGGCCAGCGAAGAAACCAUACUAAAGCAUGUGAACGGAACCGAAGGUGGCUGCGUGUCAGCAGCCGAGUGGGAGGGCUUCAAGCAAGAGCUGAUGAGGGAAGUCAAGACGCAGCUCACGCAGAUGAAGCGCGAAAUACUUGACGCGAUGAAAGCCGAGUUCGCUCGCAGGUAAAAAUGGCGCGCGGCGUCGUAUGAUUGCACUAGUCUACGGAACUACACUUAUAUUUUUUGUAGAAUCAUUGUUACACUCGGUAAAUGUACUUUACGAAGGCCAUUUUUUUAUAUUUGAUAUUUUGAUUUUGCGACAUUUUGCUAUUGAUUUAUUAAUGUCUUUAAAGUGUAAGUUCGGGAAUUGUGAUGAAAAAAACCAACGUAAUAUAGAUGUUGCCUGUUUUUUCUAUUUGGUUAAUUGGAGAAAUGACACAUGAAGGGAAAGGCACACGAAGCGAUGCAUAAAGUUGUGUUUUUUUUUAAUUUUAUACUUAAAGUAUUUAUUCUAAUGCGUACGCGUAGGUUAAGAGUUGUUUAAUGUUGGACUUUUUAAAAAAUGCCUACUUUUUGUAGCUUUUUUCGUAUCUUAAUUUAAAAAGUCCAGAAUUGACCGUAAUAUAAGUGGAUGUAUCAUUCAGAUGUAACGGGAAUAUUAACAUUUUGGUCGGGUUGACAGUCUUCCAUACACUUUUAGAUGCGGUUCAAAGCGGUUUUGAGUUCCCAGACAUCACGUGAUAUAAAUAUUAUGAGUCGUUAUUGCAAUUAUAUCUAUACUUUAAAAUCCAGUUUUGUUUGCGUAAUUUUAUUCAUAUUCGCCGUGUAGUGCAAAUGAUAGGCCAAAAUAGUUAGUAAGUGCUUUUUAAUAGAUAACACCCGACCAGAAAUUAUUGACAACCCUAUUUUCUUUUAAACUGAAAAAAUGCAUUAAAACAGACUAGUUAUUAUUAUUUUUGAACGAUAGGGUUGUCACACAGUAAUGACAAAUUGGAAGUACACUUAGCGGUAAAUGUUUUAGCCCCAUUAGAGAUAGUGUUAAGGGAGCGUCUGUGCGAAGCUUUAUUUGAAAAAAAAAAAAGAUUUCCGAAAUGAUCUCACUGUUUGCAGUUUUUUUUUUCUAAAUUUCCUGGUGAUAUUUUUCGAAUAGAGUUGAGCACGGACGCGGUUUUCGACUGAUAGAUCAUUCCAAUGAGGGUAGGUCAGCGGCCUAUCGGCUCGUACAAACUGAAUAACACCAUUUUUCUCCGUAAUCACGAAUCGUUUUCGGAAUCCUUUAUUGGGAAUUUUUACACUUAUUGGUGCUUUUUUGUCUGACGCGCAGUGGCAGUUGAAUGAAACCUCUUUCUUUGUAAAUACUCGUUUAGCCUGAACAUUUCGAUCUUAUACUUUGUACACUUCAAGCAGCCUUCUUUCCAGCACCAUUGUCACUUGCGUCUGAUCCGCGAUCCUAUUGGACUGAAUAUGCAUUUAUGAUGUUCGAUUCAGUUUUUGUGUGAAUGCACUCACUUUAAGAAUCUACACAGAUAAAACUUAACUUAACUUUGAAUUUCAGAUUUUUUUACAUCGAUUUUUUCUGUGUAUUUCAGCUGCAAAACAGCACUAGCAACUAUGAUAUUAUAGAUGGUGUUAAAGUAGUGAUAUCUAUUAAUAUAUUAAUAAACUAACCAAAUUUCUAGUUGGUUUUUUACUAGCAUAUACAAUUUUUGUAUUGGUCUCAAUUUAUGUCAAAGAUUGUAUUUAUUCGUAAUGUUAAUUAGAUCUUUGAUGUGUCAUUUGGUAACAGAGCAUAAACCGAAAAUCGAAUAAUGAAUUGACAAUUGACACAGUGAAGGACUAAAUCUCUCGUGUAACAUUAUGUAACGCCAUUUCGAUGAAUAUAUGCCUAAUUAAUUAAUCGCUUGAGUUUGUAGUAAUGUAUGCGCACAUCAAAUUAUUGGUAUAAACGAAAAUUGAUAAUCGACUAUUAACGAUGACUUUUGUAUUGACUUUUUAUAGUCUGUGACGUUGACGGUUAGAUGUCAAUGUCAAGUUGACAUGUUAUGGGUUUUGGCGCGACACCUCGCUGUUUAUUAAGUAAUUCGCUAGUUUUUCGUUUAGUUGUACAUUUUACAGUUUUCUUUGUCAGUCUUGUACUAAUUCUUAAGUACAAAUUUUGAAGGGAUCCGCAGGAUUUCUAAAAUGCCUUAAAGUAGUAUUUUUUCAAUAAUAUAUUGAGUAAUGCGAUUUUAGACAUGUAUUAUUUUAUGAGUACUGUUUUAGUGCGUUUCAGUUAGUGUCGUCCCGUUAGCUUAGGUUACCAAGUGAUGUGCGAUUACACCAGAUUUUAUCGAUAAUUUUGUAGUCACAAUAGUGUAAAUAGUUUUCAAAUUAUAUUUUUUUGUGAUCCUAUUUCGUUUUUUUUUUAUUUUAUACACCUAUAAGUAAUUAUUAUCGAAUCGAAUAAUGGACUUAUUAUAAUCGUUAAUAUAAGCGAAAGAUAUGAAUGAAUGUAAACGCCUAGGCUUCACACACUGCCAUGUUUUUUUUAAUUCAGUGGUUUAUACAAUAGAUGGCGUUUACUCGAGUAUUAGCUUGUUGUAUGUGUACAUAUGCUGGAGUCAAUAAAGUGGUGAACUAAU